GCAGGGAGAACCAGAACCCUAACUGGACAGAGAGUGGACUCCUGGAGGGGUGGGGCUGGAGUAGGGGAGGGAGGCCGGGCAGUCACAGUACAGGGGGCAGCAGAGGCGGAGGCCUGGUCCUAGCUGUCCCUAGUGCCCGCUGCUUCCUGGGCCCCGUCCUCAGGGACAGCGGGGGAGAUCGGGGAGGGGCUGCCCCCGUUCCUGUGAGGCCACAGAUGAGGAACCCGUGACGUCUCCCCACUCAUCUCCAGCCGGACUCUGGGCCUGCGCCCCUCACAGCUACUCUGCUCCACAGGGACCAUGGGCGGCGGGGCCCAGACCCCAGCCCUCACUGCCCUCCUCUGCCUGGGGCUGUGCCGGGUGCCAGGGGAUGGGGCACAGGCGGGGACCCUCCCCAAGCCUUCCAUCUGGGCCGACCCAGGCCCCCUGGUCGCCGUAGGGAGACCUGUGACCCUCUGGUGCCAGGGGUCUCUGCAGGCUGAGGUCUAUCAUAUGUAUACAGAGAGCGGCCGUCAUCCCUGGGAAACGAGGCCCCAGCAGGACUCCAGACACAAGGCCAGCUUCUCCGUGAUCACGUCCAUGAGCUCCCAUGACACAGGGCAGUACUGUUGUGUGUAUUGGACCUCGCUCGGCCACUCCCAGCCCAGUGACCCCCUGACCCUGGUGGUGACGGGGAUGUUCCCGGCGCCCUCCCUGUCGGCCCAGCCAAGCCCCGUGGUGGCGUCAGGAGAGAACGUGUCCCUCUCCUGUGGUUCAGAUGAGGCGGGCACUGCCCAUCUGCUGAAGGAGGGUGGAGCCGGCCCCCUGCACAGCCUGGAAGCCAGAUACUCCCAUGGGGCUGGGGUGUGGCAGGCCACCUUCCUCCUGGGCCCCGUGGACAGCACCCAAAGGGGCAUCUACAGGUGCUACCGUGCUGACACCAACAAGACUCGUGUGUGGUCACUUCCCAGUGACCCCCUGCAGCUGGAGGUGUCAGCCCCAGCGCCCCAGGACCACACCCUGGAGAACCUCAUCCGCAUGGGCGUGGCGGGCUUGGUCCUGCUGGGCCUAGGGCUUCUGCUGGCGGAGGCUUGGUGCGAGAGCGCCCCCUGCAGACCAAAUGUGCGCCUCGCGCUUAGCUCUUUCUUCAUGGAGCCUUUUGCUCUGUUUCUGAACAAAUCCACAGCAACAGCCACCGUGGCAGCCACCAGUGGUGCCCUGGAGCUCAUGGUCACAGCUGGCCACGCCGCACCUCCCGCCCAAAUCUGUACCAGGCCCUCUUCGCUCAUGGCCUUGCUCUGCCUCGGGCUGUGUCUGAGCUGGAGAAUCAGCACCCAGAAGCGUGAGUCCUCCCUUCACCGCCCCAGGGUCACCCUCGAGGUCCCCAGGAAGUCACCACCACUGGGAAAACUGGGAGUGGGCGGGGCUGUUGCCGGUGGGAGGGGACUGGGGUGGGGUCCUUCUGGAAACUCAGGUUCUGAUUCCCUUCCAGAGGCACUGACCAGGCCCAGCAUCUGGGCCGAGCCCGACUCCAGGAUUCCAGAGGGGAAGCCAGCAGCCAUCUGGUGCCAGGGGCCCCCCGGGGCCGAGGAGUACCAGCUGCGCUCCGAGGGGGGCCUCUCUGCCUGGGGGAAACCCGAGCGAUCCCAAGCAAGGGGCGGAGUCCGAUUCCCCAUCGCGGCCAUGACCUCGCGCACUGCAGGGCGCUACCGCUGCUUCUGCCGCAACGGGGAGCUCUGGUCGGAGCCCAGCGAGCCCCUGGAUCUGGUGGUCACCGGGUCCUUGGUGACCUCGGGAGAGAAUGUGACCUUCUACUGCCAGCUAGAGACGGUGACCAACACCUUCUUCCUGCUCCGGGAAGGCGGGCCCAGCCACGCACAGGGCAGCCACGGGGCGGUGCCAGCGGAGUUCCCCGUGGGCCCUGUGACCUCGGCACACACAGGCACGUACAGGUGUUUUGGCGCCUAUAGCGGCCAUGUGUGGUCCUUCCCCAGUGAGCCCGUGAAGCUCCUGGUCACAGAUGUGGGAGACCCCAGCCUGGAACCCACAGACCCCGCCCCUGCUCCCGGGACCCUCCCCAGACCCAGCCUCCGGGCUGAGCCAGGCUCUGUGAUCGCCCUGGGCAGGCCUGGGACCCUGUGGUGUCAGGGGACCCUGGAGGCCCAGGAGUGCCGUCUGUAUAGAGAGGGAAUCCCAGAGCCCUGGGACAGAGCGAUGCCCCUGGAGCCCGGAAACAAGGUCAAGUUCUCCAUCCCUCACAUGGCUGAGGUGUACGUGGGGCACUACCACUGUGUCUGCCUCAGAGCUGCUGGCUGGUCAGAGCCCAGUGCCGCCCUGGAGCUGCGGGUGUCAGGAGCCUACGGCAAGCCCAGCCUCUCAGCCCUGCCCAGCCCUGUGGUGACCUCAGGGGGCAAUGUGACCCUCCAGUGCCCCUCCCAGCUGGGAUUCCACAGGGAGAAUCCUUCUGUGUGGUCAGAGCCCAGUGACGCCCUGGAGCUGGGGGUGACAGGAGGACCAGAGCCCAGCAGCCCCUCGCACCCCCAGCCAGGCUCCCCCGCUGCCCCAGCGCCCCAGGACCACACCCUGGAGAACCUCAUCCGCAUGGGCGUGGCGGGCUUGGUCCUGCUGGGCCUCGGGCUUCUGCUGGCAGAGGCUUGGUACAGCCAGAGAAGGACCUGGGCUGCAGGCCAGUGGUGACCUGGAGAGAGGACAGAGCUGGGUCAGAGAGGCCAAGCCCUGGAGGCGGGGGAGGGGGGAUCUGGGCAUGCAUGGUGAGAAGCUGUGGGAAGUGGGCGGAGCUCACCUGGGGUUGU